AUGGCUGCCCAGAAGAGCGCAGUUGUGGGACCGUUGGUAGGGGCAGUAGUCCAGGGGACUAACUCCACUCGCUUUCUGGUUUUCAGUUCAAAAACUGGAGAACUAAUUAGUCACCAUCAAGUGGAAUUAACGCAAGAGUACCCUAGAGAAGGAUGGGUGGAACAAGACCCUAAGGAAAUUCUUCAGUCUGUCUAUGAGUGUAUUGAGAGAACAUGCGAGAAACUUGGUGAGUUGAAUAUUGAUAUAGCCAACCUAAAAGCUGUUGGUGUCAGCAAUCAGAGGGAAACCACAGUAGUCUGGGACAAGCUCACUGGAGAGCCGCUCUACAAUGCUGUGGUGUGGCUUGAUCUGAGAACUCAGUCCACCGUUGAGUUACUCAGUAAAAAAAUUCCAGGAAAUAAUAACUUUGUCAAAUCCAAGACAGGCCUUCCACUGAGCACCUACUUCAGCGCAGUAAAACUUCGUUGGAUUCUUGACAAUGUGAGAAGUGUUCAAAAGGCUGUUGAAGAAGGUAGAGCUCUGUUUGGUACCAUUGAUUCAUGGCUUAUCUGGAGUAUAACAGGAGGAGUUAAUGGAGGCUUGCAUUGCACAGAUGUAACAAAUGCAAGUAGGACAAUGCUUUUCAACAUUCAUUCUUUGGAGUGGGAUAAAGAGCUCUGUGAUUUUUUUGAAGUCCCAAUGAACAUUCUUCCAAAUGUCUGCAGUUCUUCUGAGAUCUAUGGCCAAAUAAAAGGUGGUACCUUGGAUGGUGUGCCAAUAUCUGGGUGUUUGGGAGACCAGUCUGCUGCAUUAGUAGGACAAAUGUGUUUCCAGGAAGGACAAGCCAAAAACACAUAUGGAACAGGCUGUUUCUUAAUGUGUAAUACAGGUCAUAAGUGUGUAUUUUCUGAACGUGGCCUUUUGACCACAGUGGCAUACAAACUAGGCAAAGAUAAGCCAGUACAUUAUGCAUUAGAAGGCUCUGUUGCCAUAGCUGGUGCUGUUAUUCGCUGGUUAAGAGAUAAUCUUGGAAUUAUAGAGAGCCCAGAAGAAAUUGAAAAUCUUGCUAAAGAAGUGGGUACUUCUUAUGGCUGCUACUUUGUGCCAGCAUUUUCAGGGUUGUAUGCACCGUAUUGGGAGCCCAGUGCAAGAGGGAUACUCUGUGGUCUCACUCAGUUCACCAACAAAUGCCAUAUUGCUUUUGCUGCAUUAGAAGCUGUUUGUUUCCAAACCAGAGAGAUUUUGGAAGCCAUGAACCGUGACACUGGAAUGCCACUCACUCAUUUACAAGUAGAUGGAGGUAUGACUGUCAACAAAAUUCUUAUGCAGUUGCAAGCUGACAUUCUGCAUAUUCCAGUAAUAAAACCCACUAUGACCGAAACAACUGCCCUGGGAGCUGCCAUUGCAGCAGGUGCUGCAGAAGGAGUGGGUGUUUGGAGCCUUAAACUGGAAGAUUUGACAGCUGUCACAAUGGAACGUUUUGAACCACAGAUCAAAGCUACAGAAAGUGAUAAUCGUUAUUCUACAUGGAAGAAGGCUGUGCAGAAGUCAAUGGGUUGGGUUACAACUCAGUCUCCUGAAAGAAGUGAUUCAACUAUCUUCUCUAGUCUGCCUUUGGGUUUUUUUAUAGUGAGUAGCAUGAUAAUGUUGAUUGGAGCAAGAUACAUCUCAGGUAUACCAUAA